AUGGCCAAAAUUUACAAAGACACACGGAUUGACCUCCGGUCUUCAUCACCGUCCACGACCGUGAAUGUUCAGGUCACGGUUGACGAGAGACCUACUCGCCGGCCUCGCUUUUCGAUCUCCUCUGCCCAAGAUCAGCCAGACAUCCCAAUCGCAAAGGACGAAGAAGAAUUCGCCCGGAGAUAUCUCGCAACACAAGGCGCAGUCUACUUUCGCAAGCGCAAGACCUACCCUAGAACCUUUUUGUGGAGAGUGGUCAAUGACAGCAAGGUCCUGGAGAUCCAGUGCGCGGACUUGACGAAGAGCGGCGCCGAACACCAUGAGCACAACAUCACUUUGCGACUGCACUUCAAUGACCGAAUUCUUCCAGCUGGAGUUGCAUUAUCGGACGCUGAAGAGCACGAAGUUCUGAGCGUCUUUGUCGUCACGGAAUCCAAGCAACUACAUACACUGUCUCUCCGAUCUGAGUUCUUCCGAAGGACGGACGCCAUUGACGACAAUGUCAGCGAAUGGUGUAAAACCUGCACCCCUGCGCCCUUGUCAUUCGCGAACCCCCACAGACUUCAUGCCAGUACUCCUCAAGAACUUUUCAUCUCCCUCGACAACGGUGCGCUCCUGCGACUGACCCGAAGAGCCGGCGAAGACGGCUCACACUGGACGCCGCUCACCUUCGACGAACGGACAUGGGGUGCAUCGAUCCGAGGACUGGUGAAGUGGCACGCGACCUCGUCGAUUAAGCACAAUGGACGAAACCUAGAUCUCAAUGUCGCAAACGCCAUCGCCACGACAUCUGACGACACCUAUGUCUUCGCCAUUUGCCUGAACCAUACCCUCAAAAUUUGGAAUCUUGCAACGAACAAGCUUGCGGCGACGAAGGAUCUUCUGGGUCGCACAAUGGACCCCGAAGCAGUCCCAUACACUUUGAACCCCGCUGAGAUGUCCUUCAUUCGGGUGUUCAACGCAGAGCGGGCGAUGGACGGUAGUCAUAGAUAUUAUGUCGUCACAUACUCUCCCUUCGACGACGGGCGCUUCAAGUUCUGGGCUGUCAAGGGAGGAUUGACCACCGACCUGGUCAUUGAGGACCUUUAUGCCGAUGCUCUUUUCCGGCCCCGGGACCCCGAUGUGACUGGGAACAUGUUCUGGAGUAUCGCAGAUUUCCAGGUGAAGUCAAUGGAGGAAGGGAAGGGCAUGGAGCUUUGGGUUUUGUGGAGAAAUCACGGUCUCUUUCAGCUCUACACCCUUCACUUCAAUUUGCAGACUCUCGUGACAGAUUGGACCUCAAAUUGGGUGUCAACAGCAGCUGAGACACACCGCCAGCAGACAUUGCCAGCAAACCAAUGCGAAGAGGCUGAGGACCCGACCGAGAAAUGGCUUGCUUACCUCAUGCACCCAACCCGUUACUUGCCCGAAGUUCUGGAGACUGCGUUGGCAGUGUACCAAGAGGCGAUCAGGCCGUUGUCCUCGACAUCAUCUGGUGUGUUGAAGAGAGACAUACCCUUGGCGGAGAGACUUUGCUCGACCAUCGCACAGACCGUUUCCCUGCGCAGAUACACCGAUGAUGAAAUGGAUUAUGCACGAUAUCGAACGGACACAGAUGCCAAGUGGCGUCAGUUUUGGCAAGUUGCUGAAGACCUCAACAAGCGCCGAUUCGAGCCAAUAUCUCUUGCUUACGACUCAUACCAUGACAUGCCCUGGCUUCUUCUUUCCGACUCAUGCGCCAUCGUAAGAGAAUGCAAUACCGCCGAACUACUACUACACAAUUCAAGUUCCGAACUUCGCCAGGAGGGACCCAAGAUUGUGGACCGAUGGCGACAUCGUAACUUGCACGCUGAGCUCGGCCACCUUUAUGAGCAAGCUUCCUCUUUGAUGAAGGUAGCAAUGGAAUUCAGGAAGAAGCUGUCCGCUGAGCUUGAUGCUGCUUGUCGCGCUGCUCUUGAAAGCGAGAUCUUUAAUGAACCUUCGUCCUCAAUCAACGAUCGCAUGGACACGUUCAGGGAGCGCUGCGAAUUUGGACAUCGCAUUUCGAACAAGACCUUUGAUGGUCUUGUCGCUGCCUUGAAUGAGUAUCAAGAUGCGGAAAACCUUUCAAGUGAUCCAUUCUAUGCCAUCAUUGACACCGUUCCGGUUGGUUUCAGUGGUAAAGAUUCCGGACUGACAUCGACUUCGUUCGGCGCACGAGCGAUCGUCGGUGGUGCUCUAGAAACUAUCUCACUGACGCGCCAAAUCUUGUACGAUCUACUAAUUCUGGUCAUCUUUGUCGACGGUGAGAUUGAACAAGGCGAGCGGUCAAGUUUCGAUGCCGCUGGCCUCUUUUCUAGUCUUGUCGACUCACUUCGCGAAUACGAAAUGAUCAACUGGCUCAGCUCAAACGUUCGGAAGUGUCCCGACCGCCCUGCUACUAGCACGACUUCUGAGGCGUCUACCCCAGUGAUUGUGUCCAAGGAAAAGAAGUCGGGUCUCAGGAAGAACAUGCGCACGGCCACUAUUCUCGAGGAUCUGUUUGUUGCAGACAUCAAGCCACGGCAACCGGUUGGCGUUCCCCAAAGCUACACACUCACGCUCGGAGUCAGAGAUCUGCUGGCCUGGAUCACAAGACCGGGUGAGGUUGCCUAUGCAAACGCGCUGGCAUAUAUUCAGUGCGAUUUAAUCGCUAAGAAUAAUAUCGAUCUCGCUUGGGAUUUCCUACGCUUCCAGUCAAGCACAUCUUGGGCAACCUACGUCAAGGGACGUCUGCAUGUUGCGAUGGCUGAAUUUGAUGUUGCAGCCAUCUAUUUCCGCAAAGCCGCGUAUCUUCUGUCUCGUGGCAAACCGCUGGGCAAUCUACACGAGAUGUCGUCCACUCUUCUGGACCUCGUUGAUGUCAAUUGCUUUCACAAUGGCAUCCCGAAAUACUACCAGCACAUCCUCUCUGUUUUCGAGCAAGUGCGCUCGUUCUCCCACGUUGCUGAAUUUGCUAGCCUGGCGCUGCAAGCUUUGGACUCGGAGCCCUGGGCCGAGCAAGACCCAGAGUACACUAGCAUUCGUACGGAUCUGCUCUCUCGCUUGUUCCUUGCUUCUUUGAAAACCUGUCAGUUUGAUCAAGCAUACUCUGCAUUGACUCGAUAUCAGGAUCUGGCCCUGCAGAGAUCCGCGCUCAAUUCUCUAAUCACCAACAUCCUUGCUGUCUCCGGCCCCGGUGCUACUGGGCUUAAGCAGAUUUUACGGUUCCCUACCACGCUUGUUCCGAACAUCGCUUCUCACAUUGACGAGAUCCUCAUGUCCCUCGCUCGGAAGCAAAAUACCUUCACGUCAUGGGUUGACAUUGACAAUCAGGAAGUUGAUGUUUCGUCAACCGAUUACAACCGCAUAUUGCAAGCUUAUCGAGUCGCUCGUAAUGAUUAUCGUGGAGCGGCUGAAAUAGCCUAUCGGAACGUGCAGCGCCUGCGUCAGGCAAGAGAUGCGCCAUCAACUGCCCUUCUCCGCAAGUCUCAGAGAGAUGUUGACUUUGCGCAUGUGCCUGAAGACGACCAGGAGAGCAAGGAGAUUCGGCAUGAGUUAUUAUCUCUGAUUAACUUGUUGGCAUCGGUCGACAAAAGUGAGGCCUACAUUCUUGUUGAAAUUGACUCGCCCGAAUCAAACGGUAAAGGACCAAAUUCCCUAUCUAGAAAACGCCGCUCAGCAGAUGAAGACGGCAAUGUCUUCACGGAGAAUGCUGAGCGUGACGCUUUUUCUCCCAGUGCGAGCAGGCGCAGAUCAUCGAGUGGAGCGUCUUUCAGUCCUUCUGAUCGCCGUGUCAGCGUCUCUUCGAUUGGCAAUAGUCGUGGCAGCGUUUCUUUCCAACCGCAGACUGAUGCCCCUCAGAAGCGCGUUAUUGUCACCCUUACCCACCUUCGUCGUGAGUACCAGUCUGAGCUUGAUCGCGUGAGCCGCAUCGAGCGCGGUGAUUGGGAGUUUGGAUUGCUUGGAGAUGACGAGGAGGCGAUGGAUGAUGACACAAUGGAGAUUUCCUAG